GGCUCCGCGCAUUGUUUUUCCUGACGGACGACGACGAGGAGGAGGCCUCGCUGUGUGAGGAGGGGAGCCCACCCUCCACCCCCCGCACCACCCCCAUCGCCGGGCGGGGAGCCGAAUCGAGGAAGGGAGCCCCGGGAGGGCGGCACCAUGUUGGCGGGCGCCGCCUGAGCCUCCCCGCCCGUCGCCCCCCGGGCCGCGCCGGGAUGAGGGGCCCGCGGGCCGGGCCGGAGGAGGAGGAGGAGGAGAAGAAGAAGGCCGCGGCCGGGCGGUAAGCACUGCGGGGCGCUGUUGCUGUGGCUGUGAUUUCUCCUCCUCCUCCUCCUCGGCGUCGUCCUCCCUCCCCCGGCCCGCCGGGCCCGAGCGCCACGAAAAUGGCCGAGAACUUGCUGGACGGACCGCCCAACCCCAAGCGAGCCAAACUCAACUCGCCCGGCUUCUCCACCAGCGACAGCACAGAUUUUGGAUCCUUAUUUGACUUGGAAAAUGAUCUUCCCGAUGAGCUCAUCCCCAACGGAGGAGAAUUAAGCCUCUUAAACAGUGGGAACCUCGUUCCGGAUGCAGCUUCCAAACAUAAACAGCUCUCCGAACUUCUGAGAGGAGGCAGUGGCUCUACUCUAAACCCAGGAAUCGGAAAUGUGAACUCCAACAGUCCCGUCCAAGCAGGGAUGGGGAACCAAGGCCAAGGACAGCCGAACAGCGCUACCAUUGCCAAUCUGGGUGCCAUGGGCAAAAGCCCCCUGAACCAAGGAGACGCUUCCGCAUCCGGCCUGCCGAAGCAGGCGGCCAGCACUUCUGGCCCUACUCCGCCCGCUUCCCAGGCGCUGAACUCUCAAGCACAAAAGGGCCUGGUGACUAGUAGCCCUGCAGCAUCCCAGCCCGGACCUGGAAUCUGCAUGAACGCCGGUUUUAACCAGACCCAUCAAGGCCUUCUCAACAGUAACUCGGCCCACGGUUUAAUGGGUCAGCCCCAGCCGGGUCAGGGCCAGGUGAUGAAUGGAUCCCUCGGGGCGGCCGGAAGAGGAAGGGGCGGCGGGAUGCAGUACCCCGCCCCUGCCAUGCACGGGAACGCGGGCAGUGUGCUGGCAGAGACUUUAACCCAAGUUUCGCCUCAAAUGACCAGUCACGCUGGACUAAACACAGCCCAGGCAGGAGCCAUGACAAAGAUGGGAAUGGCUGGUAACACAAGUCCAUUUGGGCAACCCUUUAGUCAAACUGGAGGGCAACAGAUGGGAGCCACUGGAGUCAACCCCCAAUUACCAAGCAAACCAGGCAUGGUGAACAGCUUGCCUCCCUUUCCUUCUGACAUCAAGAAUUCUUCAGUUACCAACGUGCCAAAUAUAUCUCAGAUGCAAACCCCGGUGCAACAGGUGGGAAUUGUACCAACGCAGGCCAUGGCAACUGGACCUACUGCAGAUCCUGAGAAACGCAAACUGAUACAGCAGCAGCUGGUUCUACUGCUUCACGCUCAUAAGUGUCAGAGACGAGAGCAAGCUAACGGAGAGGUGCGGGCCUGCUCUCUCCCGCACUGUCGAACAAUGAAGAACGUCCUGAAUCACAUGACGCACUGCCAGGCCGGGAAAGCUUGUCAAGUGGCCCACUGCGCAUCUUCUCGACAAAUCAUUUCCCACUGGAAGAACUGCACACGACAUGACUGUCCUGUAUGCCUCCCUUUGAAAAAUGCCAGUGACAAACGGAAUCAACAACCCCUCCUCGGAUCUCCAGCUGGUGGAAUUCAGAAUCCGAUCGGUUCCGUUAGUUCGGGCCAGCCCAAUACUACUACUUUAAGUAACCCUAAUCCGAUCGAUCCCAGCUCCAUGCAACGGGCAUAUGCCGCUCUUGGCCUGCCGUACGGCAACCAGCCUCAGACGCAGCUGCAGCCUCAGGUCCCUGGCCAGCAACCCACACAGCCGCCGCAGGCUCACCAGCAGAUGAGGACCAUCAGUGCAUUGGGAACUAACCAGAUGAACCUUCCAGCAGGAGGCCUAGCAGCAGACCAGCAAACGAAUUUGAUUUCUGAAACGGCUCUUCCAACUUCCCUUGGGGCAACAAACCAAUUAAUGAAUGAUGGUACAAAUCCUGGCAACGUUGGAAGCCUCAGCACUAUGCCUACAGCCGCACCUCCGUCGAGCACUGGAGUUAGGAAAGCGUGGCAUGAACAUGUCACUCAGGAUUUGCGCAAUCAUUUAGUGCAUAAACUUGUCCAAGCAAUUUUUCCAACUCCUGAUCCAGCAGCACUCAAAGAUCGCCGUAUGGAGAAUCUGGUAGCCUAUGCCAGGAAAGUGGAAGGGGAUAUGUAUGAAUCUGCCAAUAGUAGGGACGAAUACUAUCAUUUAUUAGCAGAGAAAAUCUACAAGAUACAAAAGGAGCUAGAAGAAAAGCGAAGGUCUCGUUUACAUAAACAAGGGAUCCUGGGCAACCAGUCAACCCUGCAGACCCCAGGGGCUCAGCCCCCGGCAAUCCCCCAGGUGGCUGCUAGCCUAGGCCAGGCACAGCCCGUGAGACCUCCAAAUGGGCCCAUGUCGAUGCCAAAUGUGCCUAUGAACCGCAUGCAGGUUUCUCCAGGAAUCAAUCAUUUUAACCCACUGUCCAUAGGGAAUGUACAGAUGCCACAAGCACCCAUGGGACCCCGGGCAGCUUCUCCAAUGAACCACCCGGUCCAGAUGAACAACAUGGCUUCUGUUUCAGCGAUGGCAAUGUCUCCUUCCCGAAUGCCUCAACCACAGAACAUGAUGGGAGCUCAUUCCAAUAACAUGAUGGGUCAGGCUCCUUCUCAGAACCAGUUCCUGCCUCAGAAUCAGUUCCCAGCAUCCAGUGGUGCUAUGAAUGUGAACAGUGUAGGCAUUGGUCAGUCAACAGCCCAGGCAGGAGUUUCACAGCAAGGACAGGUUCCCAGUGCCGCUCUUCCUAACUCAAUGAAUAUGCUGGGGCCUCAGAGUGCUCAGCUGCCUUGCCCCCCGGUGACUCAGUCUCCUCUGCAUCAGACGCCACCUCCCAUCUCCACCACGCCGGGCAUACCACCACCUAUCCAGCAGCACCAGACCCCACCCGGAAUGACGCCCCCUCAGCCCGCGGCUCCCACUCAGCCCUCGACUCCGGUGUCUUCUUCGGGACAGACUCCUACGCCCACGCCGGGCUCGGUCCCCAAUGCCACCCAGACCCAGAGCACACCCACGGUGCAGGCGGCCGCUCAGGCCCAAGUCGCCCCUCAGCCCCAGACCCCGGUUCCGGCUCAGUCUGUGCCCACCCCGCAGCCGGCUCCGCAACAGCCGACGUCUGUGCAGGCCCAGCCUCCUGGCACUCCGCUCUCCCAGGCCGCAGCUAGCAUCGACAACCGGGUUCCUACUCCUGCCUCGGUGACCAGCGCCGAAACCAACUCUCAGCAGCCAGGCCCUGAUGCGCCGAUGCCGGAAAUCAAACCAGAGAACAAAACCGAGGACGCCGAACCCGAUCCUGCUGAAACCAAAGUAGAGCCUAGAACGGAGCUGGAAGACGAUUUACAGAGAUCCUCCCAAGUCAAAGAAGAAACCGAGGUAACGGAGACGAAGCAGGAGCCGAUGGAAGUGGAAGAAAAGAAACCUGAAGUUAAAGUAGAACCUAAAGAGGAGGAGGAGAAUAGCACCAACGGCACGACUUCUCAGUCUACGUCUCCUUCUCAGCCUCGUAAAAAAAUCUUCAAACCAGAGGAGCUGCGCCAGGCUCUCAUGCCGACCCUGGAAGCAUUAUAUCGACAGGACCCGGAGUCUCUACCCUUCAGGCAGCCCGUGGACCCCCAGCUUCUAGGAAUCCCAGAUUAUUUCGAUAUAGUGAAGAACCCCAUGGACCUCUCCACCAUUAAACGGAAAUUGGAUACAGGGCAAUAUCAGGAACCCUGGCAGUAUGUGGAUGAUGUUUGGUUAAUGUUUAACAACGCCUGGCUUUAUAACCGCAAAACUUCCAGAGUCUAUAAGUUUUGCACUAAACUCGCAGAAGUCUUUGAGCAAGAAAUCGAUCCUGUCAUGCAGUCCCUGGGAUACUGCUGCGGACGCAAGUAUGAGUUUUCUCCACAGACCUUGUGCUGCUAUGGUAAGCAGCUAUGUACAAUUCCUCGUGAUGCUGCCUACUACAGUUAUCAGAAUAGGUAUCAUUUCUGUGAGAAGUGUUUCACAGAGAUCCAGGGGGAGAACGUUACCCUGGGCGACGACCCUUCACAGCCACAGACGACUAUUUCAAAGGAUCAAUUUGAAAAGAAGAAAAAUGACACACUAGAUCCUGAGCCCUUUGUCGAUUGCAAAGAGUGUGGUCGCAAGAUGCACCAGAUUUGUGUGUUGCAUUAUGAUAUCAUUUGGCCUUCAGGUUUUGUCUGUGACAACUGCUUGAAGAAGACCGGUAGAAACCGCAAGGAAAAUAAAUUCAGUGCUAAGAGGCUACAGACCACCCGAUUGGGGAACCAUUUGGAAGAUCGAGUUAACAAAUUUUUGCGGCGACAGAACCAUCCUGAAGCCGGAGAGGUUUUCGUCAGAGUAGUCGCCAGUUCUGAUAAAACGGUAGAAGUUAAACCUGGAAUGAAAUCCAGGUUUGUGGAUUCCGGUGAGAUGUCUGAGUCCUUCCCCUAUAGAACCAAAGCCCUCUUUGCUUUUGAGGAAAUUGAUGGGGUGGACGUGUGCUUCUUUGGAAUGCAUGUACAGGAAUAUGGCUCGGACUGUCCGCCUCCAAACACAAGACGUGUGUACAUAUCCUAUCUGGAUAGUAUUCAUUUCUUCCGGCCACGUUGUCUUCGAACAGCUGUUUAUCACGAAAUCCUUAUUGGAUACCUGGAAUAUGUGAAGAAAUUGGGGUACGUAACAGGACACAUAUGGGCCUGUCCCCCAAGCGAAGGAGAUGAUUACAUUUUCCAUUGCCACCCUCCUGAUCAGAAAAUCCCGAAACCCAAACGCCUGCAAGAAUGGUACAAAAAGAUGCUGGACAAGGCAUUUGCUGAGCGAAUCAUUCAUGACUACAAGGACAUCUUCAAACAGGCAACUGAAGACAGGCUGACAAGUGCCAAGGAGCUGCCUUAUUUUGAGGGUGAUUUCUGGCCAAAUGUUCUGGAAGAGAGCAUUAAGGAGUUAGAACAGGAAGAGGAAGAGAGGAAGAAAGAAGAGAGUACAGCAGCUAGCGAAAUCACCGAGGGCAGCCAGGGUGAUAGCAAGAACGCCAAGAAAAAGAACAACAAGAAAACCAACAAGAAUAAAAGCAGCAUUAGCCGAGCCAACAAAAAGAAGCCCAGCAUGCCCAAUGUGUCCAAUGACUUGUCUCAGAAGCUCUACGCCACCAUGGAGAAGCACAAAGAGGUCUUCUUCGUGAUUCACCUCCACGCAGGGCCGGUAAUAAACACUCUGCCUCCCAUCGUGGACCCAGAUCCUUUACUCAGCUGUGAUUUAAUGGACGGGCGGGAUGCCUUCCUUACUUUAGCCAGAGACAAGCACUGGGAGUUCUCCUCACUACGCCGUUCCAAGUGGUCUACCCUCUGCAUGUUGGUAGAGCUCCACACUCAAGGACAAGACCGAUUCGUGUACACCUGCAAUGAAUGCAAACAUCACGUGGAGACGAGGUGGCAUUGCACGGUCUGCGAGGAUUACGACCUCUGCAUCAACUGCUACAACACUAAGAGUCACGACCACAAGAUGGUGAAGUGGGGCUUGGGCCUGGACGACGAGAGCAACAGCCAAGGAGAACAGCAGUCCAAGAGUCCCCAGGAAUCGCGGCGCCUGAGCAUUCAGCGGUGCAUCCAGUCGCUGGUCCACGCCUGCCAGUGUCGCAACGCGAACUGCUCCUUGCCGUCCUGCCAGAAGAUGAAGCGGGUGGUCCAGCACACGAAGGGCUGCAAGCGCAAGACCAACGGCGGCUGCCCGGUGUGCAAACAGCUCAUCGCCCUCUGUUGCUACCACGCCAAACACUGCCAAGAGAACAAAUGCCCCGUGCCGUUCUGCCUGAACAUCAAACACAAGCUCCGCCAGCAGCAGAUCCAGCACCGCCUGCAGCAGGCCCAGCUCAUGCGCCGCAGGAUGGCCACCAUGAACACCCGCAACGUGCCUCAGCAGAGUUUGCCUUCUCCUACCUCAGCGCCCCCCGGGACCCCGACCCAGCAGCCGAGCACCCCGCAGACCCCGCAGCCCCCGCCCCAGCCCCAGCCCUCGCCCGCGAGCAUGUCCCCGGCCGGCUUCCCCGGCGUGGCCCGGACUCAGCCCGCCGCCCCGGGCUCCGCCGGCAAGCCGACCCCCCAGGCGGCGGCCCCGCCCCCCCCGGCCCAGCCCCCGCCCGCGGCGGUGGAGGCGGCCCGGCAGAUCGAGCGGGAGGCGGCGCAGCAGCAGCAGCAGCAACAGCAGCAGCAGCAGAUCUACCGCGUCAACAGCAUCAAUAACGGGCUGCCCCCGGGGCGGCCCGGGACCGUGGUGGGCCCGGCCGUGGGGCCCGUCAACCCCAUGCAGCCGGUGGGCCUGAACGUCCCCCGGCCCGGCCCGGUGGCGGGCCCGGUGAUGUCCGGCAUGGCCCCGGGCCCGUGGCAGCCGGCGCCGCUGGCCCAGCAGCAGCAGCAGCAGCAGCAGCAGCAGCAGCAGCAGCAGCUGGCGGGACUGCAGAGGCCCGUCAUGCCCCUGCCCACCCAGCAGGCGGUGGCGGGGCCGAGGAUGCCGGGGGUGCAGCAGCCCCCGCGGAGCAUCACUCCCAACGCCCUGCAGGACUUGCUGCGGACUCUCAAGUCGCCCAGCUCGCCGCAGCAGCAGCAGCAGGUCCUGAACAUCCUCAAGUCCAACCCUCAACUCAUGGCGGCUUUCAUAAAGCAGCGCACGGCCAAAUACGUGGCCAACCAGCCGGGGAUGCAGCCCCAAGCCGGCAUCCAGCCGCAGCAGCCCGGGAUGCAGCAGCCCGGCGUCCACGCUCAGCCCGGUCUGCCGAACCUGAGCGCGAUGCAGACGGGCGUGCAGAGACCCAGCGUCCCUCCCCAGCAACCGGGCCUGGGAGGCCUGACUCCUCAGGGCCAGGCGAUCAACAUCAUGAACGCCGGCCACAGCCCCGGCAUGGCCGGCAUGAAUCCGCAGUACCGAGAGAUGUUUCGAAGACAGCUCCUGCAGCAGCAGCAGCAGCAGCAACAGCAGCAGCAGCAGCAGCAGCAGCAGCAGCAAGGAGCUCCCGGGCUGGCCGCGGGGCUGGCCGGGCACAGCCAGUUUCAGCAGCCUCAGGGCCCCGGCGGUUACCCCCAAGCCAUGCAGCAGCAGAGGAUGCAGCAGCAGCAGCAGCAGCAGCAGCACCUCGCCAUCCAGGGGGGCUCCCUGGGCCAGAUGGCUCAAAUGGGACAGAUGAGCCAGAUGGGCCAGGCGGGCCUGGGGACGGAUGGCGCCUCCAACAUCCAGCAGGCCCUGCAGCAGCGGAUCCUGCAGCAGCAACAGAUGAAGCAGCAGAUGGGGUCCCCGGGGCAGCCCAAUCCCCUGAGCCCACAGCAGCACAUGCUCUCGGGACAGCCGCCGGCCUCCCACCUCCCCGGCCAGCAGAUGGGCACGUCGCUCGGCGGCCAGGUGCGGUCGCCGGCUCCCGUCCAGUCUCCACGUCCCCAGUCCCAGCCGCCACAUUCCAGCCCGUCGCCGAGGAUACAGCCCCAGCCUUCGCCGCAUCACGUCUCGCCCCAGACUGGUUCCCCCCAUCCGGGACUCGCGGUAACCAUGGCCAGCUCCAUGGAUCAGGGACACCUGGGCAAUCCGGAACAGAGUGCAAUGCUUCCACAGCUCAACACCCCGAACAGGAGUGCGUUGGCCAGUGAGUUAUCUCUGGUCGGUGACACCACGGGAGACACACUAGAAAAAUUUGUGGAGGGUUUGUAGCAUUGUGGGAGCAUCGCUUUGGGGUUUUUUUUUCCCUUUGGUUUUUUUCCUCCUCCUCCUCCUCCUCUUCUUCCUCCUCCUCCUCCUUCCCCUUUCGCCUUCUUGGACGUUUUGUACUGAAAAUCCAGACAUCGAGUUGGUUAUAAAUCCUGGAUGGACCUGCUCCUUCCCACACAUGGAAGAAUGAAUUGCUGUUUAAAGAAACAAUACAAAGAAUAUAUUUUUUUGUUAAAACCAGUCUCUGGUUAUCCGGUCUCUUUUUCUGGUUUUGUUUUGUUUUUGUUUUUUUUUCCUUUUUGUUUUUGUCUGUUCGUUUUUCUUUUUGUUUUUCCGGCGGGGCGGGCGGGAGGGUGGUUUUGUUUGAGUUAUUUUUUGUUGUCGUUGCUGGUGACCCAUUGCCUUUUUUUUUUUAAUGGGAUAAACAAGUUAUAGUCAUAUUUUUUAUUUGUAUUUUCAAGACUAAACGUGUGUUUAAAAGAGAAAAGAAGAAUAAUAUUCAGAAACUGUUUCCUGAAAUAAUGCAACAUUAUAAUGUACCCCCAAUAACUUUUGGAAGAUGUUGCGGGAAGUUGUUUUGGGUUUUUUUUUGGUCGGUUUUUUUUUCUAUAGUGAACUCUGCAGGCGUUCCAAGUAUUACCCCUGGACAAAAUAGGAAUUGACUCUCGAGUGUGCAUUUGCACGGGCAAGCGCGCGCACACUCUCUCUCUCACACACACACAAUGGCUUACGCCAAAUUCCUUGUCUUGCAGAUGUAGAAAUUGUUGCUUUGUUUCUCUGAUAAAACUGGUUUUAGAUGAAAAAAUAGGGAUGAUCACUCUUAGGCCGUGCUGAUUUUAAUAGAGAAGAAGCAGUCUUUUCUUUCUUCUAUGUGAAACUUGAAAUGAGGAAAAGCAAUUCUAGUGUAAAUCAUGCAAGCUCUAUAAUUACUAUAAAUAAGAAAAUUCAAGAAGAUUCAAUCAUUGUAUAGAAUGGUAAAAUAUCAACUCAUUUCUUACUUAUAUAUCAUGUUGUUAAAUAAACUGUGCAACAGACAAAAAGGGUGGUCCUUCUUGAAUUCAUGUACAUGGUAUUAACACUUAGUGUGUGGGGUUUUUUGUUAUGAAAAUGCUGUUUUCAACAUUGUAUUUGGACUAUGCAUGUCUUUUUUUUCCCCAUUGUAUAUAAAGUACUGCUUAAAGUUGAUAUAAAUUACCGAAGUUUUUAACAUGUAUUCUGUUCUUUAAAAUCCAUGUAAGAAUGUUUAAGGUUUUUAUUUAUUUAUAUAUAUUUUUUUGGCUUCUGUUCUUUGUAAGACACGGUCCUGGUCAUUCACUCACCGAAGCAGCCUGGGACACUGGUAGUGGGGACACGACGUCCCUGUACGGAGAAGCACCGCUUUUCUAGAGCGUCUCUUUGGAGAGAAGAGAUCGAAGCAAGGCAAAUCUAGAUCCCCUUUCAUUUAGCAUUGGCGGGGUUCCGUCCAGAAGCGUUCUGGGUCAAGUUAAUAGCAGUCGCUGUUAAAAAAAAAACAAACAAAAAACCAGCCUGGAAAUAUUUUUUUCUCUCUCUCUCCAUCUGCUUCCUCUUCAGAUCCUUCGGCUCCAACUUUCCGACCAACUCCUUCCCCCGCCUUAAAAGAAACCGAGCGGGGUAAGCGAGGUCCCAGGCUCGGGCAAAUAGAGGAGUCCGGCAGUACCAGCGCGGCAGUCUCCGACGCUGUCGGGGGAGUCUGGAGCGGGCGGGUUCCGUGAUUUCCCAAAUCCCUUGGGAGGGCGUGGGGGAGACGGCUACUUUCAUGCACAUCCCCGCGGCCGGCUGACGGGAGGAACGCCGGCGCUCCGAGGAUCUCUACCCGCGGCGGGGAACGGGUGACCGUGGGGGGCGGUUGAGCGGGCCUCGCCUCCGUAGCUCUCUCUCAGAGCUCAGUAGUCGGGGCGCAGUGGGGUUGAGUUCGGCUCACCUGCUUCCGCCGCCGUCCUCCAGAACCCGCCAGGUUACCCCCGCGCACGCCGCCGCCGGAAACUGGGAAGCUCCUACUUGGCGUCCAGUAAUCCUAGGACAGGUCUCCGAUCGUCGUCUUGGCAGAGUUGGAGGGGGGCUACCCCGACCCCUGGGGGCAAUCCCGCUCCCCCCCCACUCCCAAGAGGUCGUUCACUUCCCCUGAGCCUUAUUUUUCGGCUUCUCUGGUGAUCAGGGAGCCACCUGGCUCUGUGACUGUGGUAGAGGGGGCGUUCAUCUGCCAAGGAGGAUUACCAGUAGGGAGGGAGAUCUCAAGCUAGACUGAUUUACGAUCGUCAGCUGUACCCUUUUUGGCUGUUAACUUGAAUAUCAUUUUCCCCUCUUAUUCCUGGCCCUGAAUGAAAUGGGAUUUAGAUCGGAGGGAUUUUCAUGAUAUUAGAACUAUGCUCCCCCAGCCCCCCGCAAAAAAACCAAAAAACUUCCUGGUGGCACCCACCUUUGGGGAAACGCACUCAAAUCACUGCUUUGUUUAUGCAGAUUUUAAUUUGAAGAAACAUUCCGAAAAGAGAACGUGAAAUUACGGUCAGCGUUUAUCCCGCGGUACUAUUACUUGGACUUCGAUGAUGUAGACCAAUAGAUCCCGAAACCGAUUUUCGUCCCUCGAGAGCCAGAACAGGUCCUCAAAAACCCAGAGAUCCAUUUUUGGUUUCUUUUUUAAAAAAAAAAAAAAGUUUCUAGCUAUCGAUGCUUAGCUUGCUUAUCAGUGUUUACUUAAUCCCUUCCCAUACUACAUUUUGCUAGUGGUACAGUGUGAUAGAACACCAGAUAUGCUUGUAGUCCAGGACUUGUGAAACUGAGGGGACUUUUAACCCCAUACUGCGCUAUGGCAACGUACUCUCACAACUGUUUUGUCCUUUGUUAAGUGAAGAGGGUUUCUGUUUUAAAUUUUUCUGGAUUUCAAAACUAUUUGUACCGAUUUCAACCUCUUUGGAUUCUUCAUCCCAUGCAACUGUUUGAAGCAAUCGAGAUGUUAAAAGAUUGGGGCUGAGGGCGUGGUCAAUGGACACCCACCCACGGCUUGUCAGAAGGAAAUUGCUGUAAGAAAGCUGGAAAGCCCUGAUGCUUUGUCUCAUGCUGUAUACUUAAAAGGAGAAAAAAAUCCUAUAUUUGUGAUCAAAAAGAGGAAACUUGAAAUGUGCUGGUGUUUAUAAUAAAAGCUGGUAAAACUGC